AAACGCAGAAUGGACAGAGGAUCAUGGAAGUUUCUCAAUGCUUUUCUCGUUGUUGUUUCAGCUUUGCACCCUUACUUCUGCCAUGCUGAGAAAGCUCCAAAUUAUAGUUUUGUUCGUGAAGCAACUACAGCUCCUCAGGUCUCAUACCAUGCCUACAUUGUCGUCGGUGGAGGAACUGCCGGCUGUCCCUUAGCUGCAACCCUGUCGGAGAAGGCCAACGUUUUAGUUCUCGAAAGAGGAGGGUCUCCCUAUCUCAAACCUGACAGAACAGACAAAGUAAACUUCUUGUCCGGACUUUACGAUUCCUCACCCGAUUCAUAUGCUCAACAAUUCAAUUCGACGGACGGAGUAUUCAGCCACCGAGCACGCGUGCUCGGCGGUGGCUCGGUGAUCAACGCAGGGUUUUACUCAUAUGCUGACCCGGAGUUCAUAAAGGAAGUUGGUUUCGAUGAAGCUCUAGUAAGAGAUUCAUAUCAGUGGGUUGAACAGAAGUUGGCGUUCGAGGCACCAUUGUUGCUGUGGCAAUCGGCAGUGAGGGCCGGGUUGCUCCAAGCCGGGGUUACACCGGACAACAGGUUCACGUAUGAUCACAUCAAAGGGACUAAAACUGGUGCGACCAUCUUCGACAAGAACGAUCAUAGACAUAGUGCUGCCGACUUGCUCGAGUACGCCGACCCAACGAACAUCAAGGUUUACUUGCAUGCCACAGUGCUUAGCAUCAUUUUCACGACCGAAGAUAAGCCCGGCCAACCAUCACGACCCAAAGCAACCGGGGUGAUAUACGAGGAUGCGUCGGGUGUGACGCACAAGGCACUGUUGACGAAAGACCCCAUGAGCGAAGUAAUCGUAUCAAUGGGCGCCAUUGGAAGCCCACAGCUGCUGAUGCUGAGCGGUAUUGGUCCUGCUAAUAAACUCAAGGCACUCGGCAUACAGGUGCUAGUGGAUCUACCCAUGGUUGGCCAAAACUUGGCCGAUAAUGCUAUGAACGGUGUUAGUGUUCCUUCCCCUUUGCCCGUUGAGGUCUCACUGCUUUCCACUGUGGGCAUAACACAAUAUGGGAACUACAUUGAAGCAUGGAGUGGACUCAACUUGCCUCCCCUUGGAGAGAUGCUGAGAUUCUUGCCCCCACUCCUCAACCAGGUGUUUAACAUAGCAAAGAUUAAAGUUGGAUCCACCACCCAACAAAAACUUCAAGGCGGCGCAAUUAUUCAGAAAGCCGGGCGUCCACGUUCGAAAGGCAACCUCGAGCUUAAAAGCACAAACCCAAAAGAGACUCCCAAGGUGACGUUCAAUUACUUCAAAGACCCAGAAGACUUGAAACAGUGCGUUCGAGGCAUGGAAACCGUCUUGAAGGUGGUAGAUUCAUCACCCUUUUCGAGAUUUCGUUACCCAGCAAUCUCCACACAACUUCUUCUGCAGCUGACGGUGGCGCUUCCCACCAACCUCAGAUCUAGAAGCAUGGGCACCGUAUCGUCUAUGGAAAAAUUCUGCAACGACACAGUGAUGACAUUCUGGCAUUAUCAUGGGAGCUGCGAAGUGGGUAAGGUUGUGGAUAAAGAUUACAGAGUCGUCGGCGUCGAUGGUCUUAGGGUUAUCGACGCUUCUACCUUUCAUGUCACACCUGGAACUAAUCCUCAAGCAACGGUUAUGAUGCUCGGAAGAUACAUGGGAGUACGAAUUCUGAAAGAUAGACCUGCAAAAGGACGUAGAUGAGUGUUUCACUCGUAUCUCUUAGCAUAAUUAAGUGAUUUUGAUUUUUUUUUU